AUGAGUACGGUUCCACAACGCCAUACUUAUUAUGGUGAUAAUUCAUUCAGGGGCUCUAAUAAUGGCCACAAUACCAAUAGCAGCUCCAAUGACCAACCUAUAACGCAUAAGCAUAAUCAUCGUCACGUCUCAAAUAUCUCUACCACGUCGUAUUCAUCAAAUAUACCAGAAAACAAAGGUAAUGGUAGAAGGAAACAUAUAACUUUUGGACCAUAUAUAGUUGGUUCUACUCUUGGUGAAGGUGAAUUUGGUAAAGUUAAAUUGGGGUGGGUCAAAGCUUCACCUAAUGAUACUCAAGUCCCCAAACAAGUGGCUAUUAAGUUGAUUAGAAGAGAUGCUAUUGUGAAAGGUUCUGAGAAGGAAAUCAAAAUUUAUCGAGAGAUUAAUGCAUUAAAACAUUUAACACAUCCAAAUAUCGUUCGAUUAGAAGAAGUUCUACAGAAUUCCAAAUAUAUCGGGAUUGUAUUAGAAUAUGCUUCUGGUGGUGAAUUUUAUAAAUAUAUUCAAAAAAAGAGAAGGUUAAAAGAAUCAGUAGCUAGUAAUUUGUUUUCACAAUUGGUUAGUGGUGUUUAUUAUAUGCAUUGCAAAGGUUUAGUCCAUAGAGAUUUGAAAUUAGAAAAUUUAUUACUGGAUAAAUAUGGUAAUUUGAUCAUUACAGAUUUUGGAUUUGUUAAUGAAUUUUCUAAAUUUAGUGAAUUAAUGAAAACUUCGUGUGGUUCUCCCUGUUAUGCAGCUCCUGAAUUGGUUAUAAGCACAAGACCUUACGAAGCUCGUAAAGCUGAUAUUUGGUCAUGCGGGAUUAUAUUAUUUGCUAUGCUAGCAGGCUAUUUACCUUGGGAUGACGAUCCAAAAAAUCCUGAUGGGAAUGAUAUUGCUAAAUUAUAUAAAUAUAUCACUACAACUCCUUUGAAAUUCCCAGAAUAUAUUUCACCCAUGGCAAGAGAUUUAUUGAGAAACAUUCUAAUACCUUAUCCACAAAAGAGAGCUACAUUAAAGCAAAUUUUAAAACAUCAAUGGCUAUUACCUCAUAGUAAAUUUUUAUCUAUAACUCCUACAAAUUGGGAUAAUCAAGAAAAGUUAUUUUUAUAUGUUAAUAAAAAAUCACAAGAUCAAAAUAUUCCGACUGCUUCUCCUAAUCAUAUCACUAAUCCUCAAGUAAGGAAACCUUCAAAUAAUAAUAUACAAAACCAAUAUUCAUCAAACAUUAAUAAUAAUACUAAUAAACAACAAACAUCACCAAGACAAUCUAAUCAAAAUAAAAAUAAAAAUUAUUUAUUAAUGGAUUCUGGGCCUUUAUUACCAAGUCCUGUCUUAUCGCAUGGUUCUCCAACAAUAACUACUAAUAAAGUACCAUCGCCUGAGAAAAUAGAAUUUGAAGAACCUAUUUUUGAAAAUCCAAUGAAUAAUAUACAACAUGUUCACAAACCAAAUUAUAUUGAUAAGAAUGUGAAAACAAUAGAUUUGGAUGACUUAUUACCAAAAUUAUCUUCAAAUAUCAUUCAAGAUAGUAAUACUACAGCUAGUAAUAAUAAUAUUCUACCAAGCAAUAAUCCUGCUGCUUCCAUAGCUUUACAAGCUGUUGUAAACGCUGAAAGAGAAAACCAAAUUAAAAUUACUAAUAAGAGAAAUAGUCUUACAGAAUCAUUAUCAUACAAUUCAUCAGCCAAUAGAUCUCACGGUCAAUCAACUGGAAGAUCUUAUCAAAAUACCCCUCCUUCUCAAUCUCAUUCACACUUCAAUAACACACCACCUUCACAGAAUACAAAUUUAAUUCAUCAAACUUCAUCUACUCUUUCAUAUUCACCAUCUCAAUAUCAAAGUGCUUCCUCUCGUUCAAAUUCUCGUUCAAAUUCUCGUUCAAAUUCUCCUGCUCAUUUCCUAACUGCAUCUCCUCAUUUACAAUCCACUUCUAGUCAUUCACCUGCUAAAAUACGGUCAGUAACAAAUGUGGAUCUUAUUUCAACUAACAUUUCUCCUCAUCCAUUACGUCCUGAAGAGUUUACAAAAGUCACUCAUAAUUCAAUGGGCGUGGCAAAUAAUACAGCAACGUUUUCAUCAUCAUCUUCUUCUUCCAAUAUGGUUAACAAUUCUUCUUUACCUCACCCAACAUCAAAACCAAGAGCUACUUCUUAUCAUCCAACCCAUAUUAUGAGACCUCCUUCUGCCGAUUUUUAUUCAAAUAAUGUUUCUAUGGGGAAAAGUGUUAUGCCAAAUGAAAAUAAUAUUAAUAUUAACAACAAUUCUUCUCCAUAUAAUAGAAAUCGUCAUGAAAGACCCAAUUCAUUUAUUUCCAUCAGUUCUUCAGGUAGUAAUAAUAAUUCUGUUAUAACAAAACCAUUGAUAACUGUUCCAAAUAGUAGAGUUCCAUCUGGUAGUUAUAUGAAUAAUAAUACUGCUAAUACUGCUAAUAAUAUAAGGGUUCCAUCAUCAACCUUAUCAUCAAAUGGUAAUAAUACCACCACUAUUAAUGUUAAUAAUACUAAUAGCAAUAGUAGCAAUAGUAAUAGUACUACCAACACAAGCAGAAUAUCAUCGUUAACCACACCAUCUACUAUGAAUACUAUGGUUAGUAAUGCUAUUGGCAGCAGAAAUAUAUCAGCUGGUUCAUUAAAUUUACUAAAAUUACAAGAAGAUCAUUCUAUGACAAAAAUAUCCUUAUUUGACUCGACUCCUUCUUUAACUCCUAACUUUACUAUACCAUCUGACGAUUUAGAAAACACUGGGGUUCCUACUAGUAAUGCAAAUAAUCUACCGGAUACAAAAUCUAGCGUUACUUCAACUCCUAAUUCAAGCACUAAAAAUACAAUUAUUAAUUCUACAAGUAAUAGCCCAGUUAAAAAGAUAAAUACCACCUCACGUAGAGUGAGUGUUAUUAAUGGCAAAUCGAUGGAGGAACAAUAUUUAAAACAUUUGAAUGAAGCUAUGAAUAACAUGGAAAUCGAUCCAGCUAAAAAUAUAUUAGUAGAUGAUCUUAAUUCAUCUCCAAGACAUAAUAGACAAUUUGAUGCAAUUCAAGUUGAAAAAUCAAAUGGUCGUAUUGUUUUAAACAAUGCCAAUAAUCAAUUGUUAGAAAAUAACAACCGUACGAAUUCAAAUAAUACUAAUACUAGCCUUUCAUUAGAAGAUAAUACUAGUUCAACAAGCAUUAAUAAUAGAAGAGAGAAUAAUAGAAAAAGAUUUAGCUUCUUAUCAUUUUACUCAUCAGCCGGUCCAUCAAGAACUAGUUUAGCAUCAUAUGAAACCGGCAGUAAUGAUACUGCACCAACCGCUAAUACUAAUAGUACCAAUAAUAUAAAUGGUGUAGCAGUUAGAAAAUAUUCUACUCAUUCUACAAUUGUUAAGAAUAAUUCAUCAAAUGUUUCUAACAUUAAUACAAAUAAUACAAGAUAUUCAGUAGGAUCAAAAAGGAGUUCAAUUAUAUCAGAUCGUAGACAUACAGUAAUAGCAGGAUCUAACACUAAUAAUGCCAAUUAUAUCAAACCUAUCGAGACUCGUGCAUCUGAUCAAACUAAUGAAUCUGUUGAAAGGCAAAGAGCUUCAAUGAUGGGUAAAGAGGAUAAAAGACGUGAAAGUGCAGCAAGCCGUAUUUUCAACAGUUUUUUCAAAAGACGUAAUGUGCGAUCAUAA